GCGCGAGCGCGACCACAGGGGCCUCGCCGGCGAGGGUGGGCGUGGUACAGAUGACCUCCGUCGGGGACGUCGACGCCAACUACGCCACCUGCUCCCGCCUCACCAAGGCAAGCCCUCCUCUAGAAGCAGCUGCCUCUGGAGUGAAAUUUCUUUGCUUCCCUGAGGUCUUCUCAUUUAUUGGAUCCAAGGAUGGCGAAUCUGUUAAACUAGCUGAACCAUUAGAUGGGCCAAUAAUGCAGAGAUAUUGCUCACUUGCAAAAGAAUCAAGCAUGUGGUUAUCUCUUGGGGGUUUUCAAGAAAAGGGACCUGAUGAUUCUCACCAGUACAAUACUCAUGUAUUAAUUGAUGAUACUGGAAAAGUUAGGAGCUCAUAUCGAAAAAUACAUUUGUUUGAUGUUGAUGUACCUGGCAAUAUGGUGUACAAGGAAAGUCGUUUCACAACUGCAGGCGAUACAAUUGUUGCUGUGGAUAGCCCUUUUGGACGGUUGGGGCUUACUGUUUGCUAUGAUUUGAGAUUCCCAGAGCUUUAUCAAAUUUUGCGAUUUAAGCAUCAAACACAGGUAUUACUAGUACCAUCUGCAUUCACAAAGAUAACUGGGAGGCAGGCACAUUGGGAAAUUCUCCUCCGUGCUCGUGCAAUUGAGACACAAUGUUAUGUUAUUGCUGCUGCUCAAGCUGGAAAGCACAAUGAAAAAAGAGAAAGCUAUGGUGAUUCUAUAAUUAUUGAUCCAUGGGGAACAGUGAUAGCUCGACUUCCAGAUCGGCUCUCGACUGGAUUUGCAGUUGCAGAUCUUGAUUUAUCAAAAGUUGAGGCUGUGAGAACUCGAAUGCCAAUCUCAGAGCACCGGAAGUUCGACAGCGAUUGGAAAUCCAUGACUCUUUGA